CCAGAAAUAGAAACAACUUCACCUUUAAUGUGAUGUGUGGAGGAUCGUGGGAGUGGAUACACGUGACUAAAACCCGGUGGAGCGCUUUCGGUUUGUCGGUAAAGAGGAAGACGGAGAUGGAGAGCGAGGUUCACGAUCUCCAGGGAAGGCAUGAUGAACGAUGGUAUCCAUGGAUCCUCUUCUCCGCUUUUGGCGUCUCAAACGGUGCAACAAAAAGAUCAUGACAAAUCCGAAUGAAGAAAAUUAAGAAUUGCACCAUUAGCCGACUUUCUCUGACUGCUCUUCUUGUCAGAAUUCCAGUUCAAGACCUGCAGGGGAAGGACAGCCACUGAUAAUAAUCUCCUGAUGCAACACUGUCGGGAACUGUCGGUGUAAGAAAAUACCCAGAACCAUCACAAACCAGAGGUGUCACCAGCUGCAGCUCAACCUAGAAGUCGGAGUAAAUUACUAGGGGAGCAUGGGACGUGGUGUUCAGAGCAGUGAGUUGUCUCCUGGAAGUCAAAUCCCCAGGACAAAAUGAGUAGCAGUGGAUUUGGCAGCAGCCCCAGCUUGCUCCAGGGCCGGCGUUUCUACUGCCGGGAAUGGGCCCUGGAAAAGCUGCGGCGCUGCCUGGACACCCGCUCCGUGCCGGGGCAGCCGCCGGGGCUGCUGGUGACGGGGGUCCCCGGUGCCGGGAAGACCGCUCUGUGCACAGAGGUGGUGUGGCCCACCUCGAAGGCAGGGCUGGCAGUCGGGCUGGCACCGCGCUGCCUGGCCUCCCACUUCUGCCAGAGAGAGGACCAGAGGAGUACGAUGCUGUGGAGGUUCGUCCUGAGCCUGGUGGAGCAGCUGAGGGCCUCACCUCUCCUCCCUCCUGCCUACAAAGAGAUCCUCAACAGCCCGUCUGUAUCCUCUUCUCUGGAGCCUCUCAACUGUCAAAGAGACCCUGACGACACCUUCAAGAGAGCAGUGUUGGGACCCCUGUUAGACCUUCCUCCUCCUGCCCAGACUCUGAUGGUGUUGGUGGACUCCCUGGACGUAGGGUAUGGGGUAGGUGAAGGAGGUGAGCAGAGCGGCUCCAUUGCACAGCUCCUUGCCGCCAAUCAACACCUGCUGCCCAGCUGGCUGCUGCUGGUCUGCUCCGUCCACCGCCACAACAAGGCUUUGUGCAAGAUGUUCUCAGGUUUUCGUAGGCUCUGUCUGGAUGAUCUGCGCAAACCCCCGCCAGUCCGUGACGUGCAACAGUACAUCCUCUGCCGGCUGGAUGAAGAUGCUACACUUCGCCGUCAGCUCACCCCUGACACAGCUGACAUGCUGAAUCUGUUGCACAUCAAGAGCGGUGGCUGCUUUCUCUUCCUUGAGCGUGUGCUGGAUGGUGUGGCAGGUGCACUGGUGGGUCUCCGGGAGAUCAGGGACAUACCCGGGACUCUGAAUGGCCUCUACCUGUGGUUGUGCCAGAGACUGUUCCCCCGGGGGCUGUUUGUCUAUGUCAGGCCUCUCCUCAAUCUCCUAUUGGCUACCCAGAGGCCCCUCACACCCCAGCAGCUGCUCACAGCAGCCUGGACACAUGACACCUUGCUCACCCUCCAGGACUUCCAGAACAAGCUCCGAACCCUCGCACCUCUUCUGAUCGAUGGCCCUGGUGGCACCAAACUACUUUUUCAUGCCAGCUUUGCUGAGUGGCUCACGGAUGUUAAGUAUUGUACUCAGAAGUAUCUCUGUAGCAGAACAGAGGGUCACAGCAUGCUUGCUAUGGCAUUGACUUUGCAGGGACCUCAUCUGGACAUUGAGGACACUUGCCAGCUAGCCACACAUUUAGUUUCCUCAGGUCACCAUAAAGAUAACCCCUCAUUAUUGGCACUGUGGAUGCUGUGGGCAGAUGUGCCUCCACUUACUCCUAGCAGCAGUAGUACCCGCACCUCAUCCAUAACCCACCCUCCUGUUCUUGUCAGUCAGGAAGUCCUUCAGCUGUUAAUGAGUAGUGGGCUAGUCUCGGCAGCCUGUUUUUCAGAUGCAGACCCAAGUGUUGGAGUGCAUUGUACAGGUGAAGAGGGAAAUACUUCAAGACAGGGAUUUGGAAGGGAUGUGUCUGUAAAGAAGCUGAUAGCUAGUCGGUUGUCUGUAAACCAGCCUGGUUCUACAGAUGGACAAACAUUGCUUGCCAGUGCAGCCCGUGAGGGUUCUGCAAAUGUAGCUGAACUUCUUCUGACACACGGAUAUGAUCCACUGGUCAGUGAUCAACAGGGUCAAACACCACUGACUUUGGCUUCCAGGCAGGGUCAUGUCAAAGUGUUGUCUGUGCUCCUGGAAUGGACCAAGAGGCAGGAGCCAGAAACUGCAGUGCGGAUGAUGGAGCAUGUCGACAACGAAGGCUGGACUGCACUGCGCUCUGCAGCUUGGGGAGGACACAGUGAGGCUGUCCGGCUUCUUCUGGAUGCAGGGGCAGACGUGGAUGGAUGUGAUACUGAAGGCCGAACUGCUUUAAGAGCUGCUGCGUGGGGGGGGCAUGAGGAAAUUGUCCUGACUCUGCUAGACUAUGGGGCACAGGUUGACAAAGCUGACAGCAAGGGCCGCACGCCGCUUAUUGCUGCUGCCUUUAUGGGACAUCAGGAAGCUGUGGAGAUUUUGUUGGACCACAAUGCAGAAGUUAACCUAGCUGAUGGAGAUGGGCGCACUGCCCUGUCCGUCGCUGCCCUCUGUGUCCCUAAAGCAGCAGGAGUCAAAGGUUAUGUUGAGGUAGCAAGUCAGUUACUGGAGCAUGGGGCAGAUCCAGGACACAGAGACCAUGAUGGAAUGACACCAUUGCUUCUUGCAGCCUAUGAGGGCCAUGACGACGUUGUUGAGCUUCUGUUAGAAGCUGGUGCUGAUGUAGAUGAGACUGCUGGCCCUAAUGGCAAUGUCCCUGCUGCAGCUGCUGUUACUCCCCUGCUGGCGGCUGCAGCGAUGGGCCACAUGAAGACAGUGUCACGGCUGCUUUUCUGGGGAGCAGCUGUGGACGCUAUUGAUUGUGAAGGCAGAACGGCACUCUGUCUGUCAGCAGCAAGAGGCAGCGUUGAGGUUGUCCGUGCUCUGCUGGACCGAGGCCUGGACGAGAACCACAAAGAUGACCUCGGCUGGACUCCACUGCACGCUGCUGCCUGUGAAGGACAUCGGGGGGUGUGCGCUGCUUUGACAGAGCGAGGCAGCAUGGCACGCGUUGGAGAGAUGGAUAUUGAAGGACGCACCCCUCUUAUACUAGCUGCCCAGGAAGGUCACUGGAGUACUGUAAGGCUGUUGUUGGACAGACGUUCUCCCAUUGACCACAGGGCGUACGAUGGACAUUCUGCCUUAAGUGCCGCCCUCCUGGAGGGCCAUGCUGAGGUAGCGGAACUGCUUAUGAGGCGAGGGACUGAUACUGAUGUCCGGGACGCAGAGGGAAGGCCUCUUCUCUACCUCGUGGUGUUGGAGGGUCGCCUUGAAAAGGCUACUCUCCUCAUAGAGAAAGGGGGGGUGCCCCUCGAGUCCAGAGACUCCGAGGGUCGUACAGCGCUUCAUGUGGCUUCCUGGCAGGGGUGUGUGGAGAUGGUAGAGCUACUGUUAAAGCAUGGGGCAAACCCCAAUGCACAGGAUACAGAGGGGAGACCACCAAUGCAUUCGGUGGCUUGGACAGGACAUGCUGAAGUAGGACGUCGUCUCCUUGAAACCAGUGGUGUUAAUAUAGACCUCGCUUGUCACCAGAGGGCAACAGCUCUGAGCAUUGCCGCGCAGGAGGGACAUGCAAACAUUGUUGCAAUGCUUCUGGAAAGAGGUGCAAAUCCUAAUCACAUGGAUAAAUAUGGCCGCAGUCCAGUCAAAGUGGCUGGGAAACACAGGCACUUUAACAUUGUCAGGCUCUUGGAGAACUACGGAGCCAAGCCGUUUGUAGGCCUGUUGUCUAACUCGAGCACUGUCUCCCCUGCAAAAUCUAACAAGAUCCUCUCUUCAGGCAUCUUUGAGAGUAAUGGAGGGGAAGUUGUUACAGCUGUUACCUCCUCCUCUUCAGUAUCUUCUCCCGGUUCCACUGCAGAGCGAUUCCACUCCAUGCACAGCUCCCAAACCUCAUCUACCUGCCACUCCCAGGCCACAGUGCAGACAGUGCCAGCUGACAGCCUCAGCUUUAUUCAGCAGAUACAACAGCACUCACUGCCCCGCAGUCGUAGUCGUCCCUCCACCCUGCCCCCACCAGGGAACUCAGGCAUGGGCAGCCUCCAUGGAAGCAGCCAGAGGCAACCCAAGGGCAGCCCCCCUGACACUGUUUGCACAGUCGCUGCCAUGGUGCACAACCGUGAACUGCCUCAGAAAGGUUUGUCAUCUGGACUUGAAUAUCACGACAAAAUGAACAAACAAAACUCAAACCUAAUAAAAGCUGACAGGACUUCUUACGCUGGUGGUAAAUGGCACUCAGUCAUGGCUUCCCUUGGGAUAAUGCCAGGGCAAGACAGCCCUAAAAACAGAGAGAGUCCUCCUCUGGGGUACCCAUAUAGGUUACAGAGCCCACUUCAAGUGAAAGCUUGGGAUUCGUUAUCUCAGAAGAACAUUUUGUCACCUGCUUGCUACAGUUUUACCCCUGUCCCACCUUGUAGUGCCUUGCCAGAGGAUGUUAUGGUCGAUAUGACAACCACAGACCCUCAGCUUAAUCUGAAACAGGCCAUCAAACUGCAGUUUGAGGGUCCCACCAGUGCAGCCUUAUACAAGAGAGAGACACCCCUGUGACUGGUGCUCCACGACGGGAACAAAGUCAGCUAUUGCUACACUUUCUUCACAAACCACUUAUGUAUGUUAUGAGUAUGUUAAUUAGUGUGUAAACAAUUAGGUCAUCAACAGUAAGGUUUAAAGGAAGUCAUUUAUCAAGCAAAUUGCCAAAUACUUUGGUUCAAGCAUCUCUAAUGUGAGGAUUUGCUGAUUUUCUUUAUGUUAUGUAAUUUUAAAUUAUUUAUUUUUUAGUCCAUUUGUUAUUUUGACGAAAUAAUUGACAGAUCAAUUGUGAAUGGAAAUAAUCCUUGGUUGCAGCCCCAGUGUGGGUAUUUACAGGUUAUUUUGUGGUACCAAAACUAAAAUAGUCGCCUCUGGUGGCAUACAUUUAGAGCAUUCACAGACUUUCAAAUGUUAAUGACAUCUUUGUUUUAGGUGGAGUUGAACAUUUUUGCAGUUCACAGAUAAAGCUGUUUCCUCUGUAUACAAUGACUUUCUGGGUUCGGAAGAGAGAGGGAGUGAUCUCUCUCUCUCUCUCUCUCUCUCUCUCUCUCUCUCUCUCUCUCUCUCUCUCUCUCUCUCUCUCUCUCCACCCCUCUUCAGAAAACCAGAGGAAGAACAAACUGAAUGACAUCAAAGCUUACAUUCCUGCCUUUCCGGUGACUGUUGUGUAUGCUAAACGGGCCUCUCACAGACAAGAACAUGCUUAUCCAUUUAAAGUGUAAAGCAUAACUAUAUCUUUUUUCAACAUCGACUUUAUUUAACUCUCCAUAUUUUGGAACACUACUGUCUAGGUUGGGUUAUGUUUUAAAUUAUUUUUUGCUAGUAAAAUCCCUUUUUUUAAGCAGUAAACAACCUUGUUUAAGAGCUUUAAGCUUGCGGCCUUGAUCUUUAUUGAAGCCUUUGAUAUUUACUAUAAACUGGCCGUCAACCCCCCAGGUCCAAUAGAUCCAUUGCUGAGAACCAAAAACAGUUUUCAGAAGAGCAAGCCUACCAAAGCCUAACCCAAUGUGAGGUUUAUGAUACAAACUAUAAAAGAAAGCCAAGUGUACGGAACCAACAGCUCGCUCGCAGUGCGUGACUGUGAGGCAGCAGGAAGGAAAGUGAAAAUUGGACCAUAAAAACUGAGGGAGGAUGUGGGAGGAUUGUUAAUUCCAAACUUGUUUGUGGCCUGAAUAAGUUUCUAGUUCUUAAUCAUUUUUGUUGGAUUCAUAUUUAAUUACAUUCAUUCAUUAAAGUGGCAUGUGGUGCCAUACAAUUGUC